CUCCUUUCUUUUCUCCUCCUUCCACCCGGCUGUAUGGACCGGAAGAGUCCUUGAACCAAAAUAGUUCGGCAGACACUUCCGGGACCGGAGCUCCGGGUUCCGGGACAGUGCUGGCUGGAGCGGGAAAGGCAGCCGUGGCGGCCGCUGCAGGAUGAAGAAGGAGCAUGUUCUGCACUGUCAGUUUUCCUCUUGGUACCCCCUCUUCCGAAGCCUUACCAUCAAGAGUGUUGUUCUUCCACUUCCUCAGAAUGUGAAAGAUUAUUUACUCGAUGAUGGAACCCUGGUCGUUUCAGGAAGAGACGAUCCACCAACACACUCUCAGCCAGAUAGUGAUAAUGAAGCAGAAGAAAUCCAGUGGUCCGAUGACGAGAAUACAGCCACACUCACGGCACCAGAAUUUCCCGAGUUUACCACUAAAGUCCAGGAAGCUAUCAACUCCCUGGGGGGCAGUGUCUUUCCUAAGCUUAACUGGAGUGCCCCAAGGGAUGCCUACUGGAUAGCAAUGAAUAGUUCUCUGAAAUGUAAAACCCUCAGCGAUAUCUUUCUGCUCUUCAAGAGUUCUGAUUUCAUCACUCGUGACUUCACUCAACCAUUUAUUCAUUGUGCUGAUGAUUCCCCAGAUCCUUGCAUGGAAUAUGAGCUUGUUCUUAGAAAAUGGUGUGAAUUAAUUCCUGGGGCUGAGUUUCGAUGUUUUGUCAAGGAAAACAAGCUUAUUGGUAUUUCUCAAAGGGACUACACACAAUAUUAUGACCAUAUAUGUAAACAAAAGGAAGAAAUUUGCAGAUGCAUACAAGACUUUUUCAAGAAACACAUACAGUAUAAAUUCCUAGAUGAAGACUUUGUAUUCGAUAUCUAUAGAGACAGUAGGGGGAAGGUGUGGCUAAUUGACUUUAAUCCAUUUGGUGAAGUCACAGACUCACUCCUGUUUACUUGGGAAGAACUAAUAUCAGGAAGAAACUUAAAAGGUGAUUUUAGUGAAGGAGAUGCUCAGGAACAGGAUUCUCCAGCUUUCCGCUGCACAAACAGUGAAGCUACAGUUCAACCCAGCCCCUAUCUGAGUUACCGACUGCCCAAGGAUUUUGUGGACCUCUCUACUGGGGAAGACGCUCACAAACUAAUAGAUUUUCUUAAACUGAAAAGAAAUCAGCAAGAGGAUGACUGAGUAGCCUGCUAGAGUUCAAGACUGAGUUAAAGAGGGAGCCAAUGCUACUUUAGGAGGCUGCACAUAGGCCACAACUUCCUAUUAACCCUAACGAGUGGGGGUGGGGGCAGGCAGUGUGGAAACCAAUAGCUUUUAUAUCAAUGUAUGCUCACCUGGAACAAUGUGGAGGGACUUUGCUACUUGUAAAAAUAACAUAAUAAAUAGAUCUUGAACAUAGGGAACCAUACUGUUCUGAUAAUAAAAUGCUUUCUAUGAAAUA